CGCGAAGGCAGACGUGCGGCGUCUCUAACAGUUCGCGGGGUGUCGGCGAGACCGUCUCGCGAUCCCCCGUCCUUUGACCCUUGGCUAGAUGGGGACCAGAUAACAGAUGGGGGCCGAGGGUCAUUUCCGGGUGACCUUGUCCAUCCGCAAGGAACCGGCCGCGGGUCCGGUGUACUGCAAGAUGGAGACCUCGGCGAGGUUUCGUCAACUGAAGACCGUCAAGCUCAGCUGCGAGGCCACCUACAGGGUGGACAUCAGCUUCAAGCCGCCGCAACUCCUGCAGUCGCUGAGAAUAGGUGGUAAGCAGGUGGAGGCGAUUGAACGAGCACGGGACGGGACGGCCUGUGCCUACAGUGUCUAUCACAGUACAAAAGGAAUACCUCCCAGUGCCAGGGGGCACCGAGAGGACCUGCAGAUCGCCAUGCUGGUUCUGGGAUCCGGGUACCUGACGACUUGCCUGCAGAUCAAGUACUACAGGGCCGACGACCAGGGCCACUGCGAGUGGGGCUCGCGGCUGCACUGCAUAGAGCUCGACUGCACGAGCGUGGAGGGAAGAUUGGUAACCGUCGACCGGGAGACCUACAGGAAGCUCGGGAUAGAAUCUUAGCGAAGUGCGCUCCCGGAUCUCAAGACCGUAAGGAAAUUAUCUCGGACGCAUUUAUUUUAAGAUGCAACGAGAGGGUUACCCGCGGGCGCGCAAACAAACGAACAUGUACUUGGUCGCGGCGGCUCGUCCAAGGAGUUUUCACCUCCACCUCUGAUUCCGAACGCCCUGCAAUAUUACAUUGACUCGCACACGUUAGCCGAAACUCCUUGGAUGAAUUUCGACUUGAACAUUUUCCAGAGGGUUGCUUUAUCAAUCUUUCUGCCCUAGGCUGAUAAGGUAUCAGUCGCGGAGUCGUACAUGUACAUAGAGGUUUCAUACGCGUAUCGAGGUACUUUCCUCGACAUUGAAUUCCGGCGGUGCAGUGUACUCCCAGACCCCAUAAACACGUGGAAGAUGUCUCCGGGAAGUUUAUUUUAAGUGAGGUAUACCGUACGCCCUGGAGGAAAGAAAAUAUUUUCCCACCCUCAGCGUCUCGUUCACUGUUUCUCUCAAUUAUCUUGUUUUUCCUCAAUGUUUCUAAACUCUUCCUAAAAGCCCCCAGCUACGAGAAAUAUUCGAUCCUUUACCCCCUUACGUUAACUGCGGAGAGCUCGACGACGAAACCUCGGACGGACGCUUCGCAGAUGGCGAAGUAAUUUUCAUUUUUCUUUGACGUUUCGUCCGCCGCUUCCGCUUUCGCCAAGCUUACGGUAGCCGUUGCUCAUCCUUGAUGGAGAUUUAUUUUCGGCAUGACCAACAAGAGCGGAGUAUUAAUACGCGUUGAUCGCGUAUCCUUCGGUCCGGUUCUCCGAAUCUACAUGUACCAUAUGAAGUCACGGUAAAGAAGCAGAAGUGCCGGUGUCUACAUCGAAGCGAUUAAUAUUUAAAAAUAUGCUAGGUGCUACGAAAAAAAAAAAAAAAAAAAAUCGCCUCUAAUUCUUCUUACAUAUCUGCGUAACUUGUCUUUGGCCGGGAGUUUUUUGCAAAUCGCGGCUCAGCUGGUCACGUGCAAACGAGUAUUCGCGUGCUUAAUCGGGACAUAUCGACCAAACGGUGGAACAUUUCGAUAUCUGAAAGUAGUUCGCAUUUUUUUCCUUUUUUUUCUUUUUUCUACGAGACUUUAUAUUAUUCUCGACUAAUCGUAAAACUUCUGCGAGCAAUUUUCUCAUGCUACGUCCGGUCCUUCUCGACGGAGCCAUCGGAUUCAUAUCGGAAUUCGAUGCCAAUUACGAGACUCGGUGACGUUUAACGUUUUACGAAUCUAUUGUUGAUAGUACGGAACAUAAGUAAUAUAUUUAAGGCAUGUCUGCGGCAUUUGACAUAGGCAUUGUAACGAAAUUCCUUUUUAAAUUAUCUUUUCGUAGAUGAACUUAUAACGGAUCGUCAUUCGGCAUGCUUAAAAAUAAUUCAAUGGUCUCCUUUUCCUCUACUUAUAAAUAUCUUUAACGCACUAACUUAUCUGCGGUAUUAACAAUUACCAUAUGAGCACGACAAUUUCGUUACAGUGAAAGCAACGAAUAAAGGACUUACGAGUAGGUACGAUGUGUGUUAAAAAUCUGCCGAUCGGUAUGCAAAUAUAUCAUUUUAUACGAAUUUGUCAUUAGUAAAUCUUGUACACGUACAUACACAUAUAUACAUACACAUUCGUUAUCUCUAUUAAUGCCGCUAAAAUUAAUGUUUGUAUGAAUUGUAAUGCCUCGAACACAGAUGCACAAUACAAGAAACUUUAAACGCGAUGCUGGAAAGUCAUUGUCAAGGUUCGUUAUGGAAGUAUUCGUUGUAAUUAAGGAUCACCUGUAUCAAUUAUGAGAUUAUAAUUACGACACGCUUCAAUGUGAUUAACAUAUCGUAGAAAUGUAUGAGUACAAGCAGCUGCUUUUAGUGAAGAUCGUUUUUACAUGUAAAGAAAUAGUAAACAUUUGAAAUUACCAUUUAGUGCCUCUUUCUGCUUGACACGUAUACAUAUUAUACAUUUGCACACCACAUCGUUCCUAUUUACAAAAUAUCAAAUUUUAUACUAACUUAUAUAUAGCAUAACGCGUAUAAGCUGUAAAUGACAGUAAAAUAAAAUCGUAAUUGACCAA